AUCCCUCACUCCACUUCGUACUGAAGUAGACAAGGCUUUAACUUUGAAGGCGGCGUGACUACACUUCCGCUCUUCGUCUUUUGUCGGCACGGCGAGUUUAGCUUGGCGGCGCAGAACUCUGGCGAAGGAAAAAACGGAUCAAUCGGAACCCGGAGGUCGUUUGCGCUUUAGCCGCAACGCCGAUUGUCGAGUUGGAGUUGGUCUGCUCCCCUUACCGGUGUGAAUACUUCUGGGCCGGGUUACCACAUUCUUCCUCCUCCCACUCAGGUGGAUGAAUGAAGACCCACCUACAAGAUCGCAGCGAAAGGAGGACAUGUCGGACAACGUGAUGAAGAGGAGGAAUCCUCACAAGAAGCAGAAAAGCAACAUAGAGCCCGGUACAACCUUGUCUCCGGGCAAAACAAACAUUGUCGGCUGCAGGAUCCAACACGUGUGGAAAGAAGGCACUAAGUCUUCACAGUGGAAGGGAACAGUCCUGGACCAGGUCCCUGUUAACCCGUCGCUUUACCUGAUCAAGUAUGAUGGCUUGGACUGCAUCUAUGGCCUAGAACUACACAGCGACCAGCGGGUCCACGGGCUCCAAAUUCUGCCGGACCGAAUUGCUCCGGCUCGCGUGACGGACGUGCUGCUGGCGAACGCCAUGAUUGGCAAGGCGGUGGAGCACAUGUUUGAGACUGAGGACGGGCCCAAGGAGGAGUGGCGGGGGAUGGUACUGGCUCGCGCGCCCGUCAUGACAUCCUGGUUCUUCAUCACCUACGAGAAGGACCCGGUACUCUACAUGUACCAGCUGCUAGAUGACUACAAAGAGGGAGACCUGCGCAUCAUGCCCGAUGCAAGCGAGAGCGCAUCGUCAGAUCGCGAGCCGGGAGAGGUGGUGGACAGCUUAGUGGGCAAGCAGGUGGAGUACGCCAAAGAGGACGGAGGCAAGCGCUCGGGGAUGGUGAUCCAUCAGGUGGAGGCCAAGCCCUCGGUUUACUUCAUCAAGUUCGACGACGACUUCCACAUCUACGUCUACGACCUGGUCAAGACCUCUUAAGGCCGCCGUUCGCCCCGGACAAACUUGUUCUUUUCGGAACACCCCAGCCACCGUAGCCCCGCCCAUUCGGACCGCGCACCGGAAGUCGUCGGUGAAGCUCGAUCGGACCUCUCUGGACAUUGAUGGUUCGAGCCACGCACCAAAUUUGCGGCGACUCAUUAAGAGCGGGCAAACUGCAGAUGUUGAACCGUUUCUCUCGCAUCGGCGAGCUCAUUGGUCAACCGGCAAAACGUCUCGCGACCUCCGCUCGACUCUGCAACCUCGUAGCGUUCCGGAUUGUCAAAAAAAAAAAAAAAAGCGAGACUGCAUCAGUAGGCGUUUUUGUGGCGCUCUAACAAUCAUUUAACAUUUAAGUUCUGAGCUCAGACGGAACCAAACGGUUGGUGAUACGCGGUCCGGGAACAUGCGCUUCGGCUUCGUUUGUGAACAUCUUUCUAGGACGUUUGUUUUGCUUUUGUUGUGUUUUAACAAUCAUUUGAGGUUUUGACAAGUGUUUUUCCAUGUCAGCUGUGUUGUGUGGCAAAUUCUAGAAGCAUGUUCCAAGCGCUAGCUAGAAAAUGCGCUCCGGUGUCGGGUUCAGUUUGCCGUUAGACAUUUUGGAUGAACAUUUCAUCUGGUGAUUGGGCUUCUAGAAUCAUCUACUGGAUUCCAUUCAAGUGCAGAUGUUCAUUUUGCUACCUGUUAAAACUUAAACAAUCUAGUAGUUUUACUGCUAAAAAUGGCAUUCUGAGCUCUGUCAACCCUAUCACACACACACACACA